UAAAUGAUGACGUCACCGCGGCUCAGUGUUUUUCCCCCUGAAGUUACUAUGGCGGUUCUGAAGUUUUCAAACUUUUCUUGAUUUCGUGAGCGUUCGUUCCGAUGGAGCACCUGCAGGGAGCGUGGAAGACCUUCAGUAACGGGCUCGGGAUGAAGGAGUCGGCGCUGGAGAGCCCGUGUAUGUCCCCGACUGCUGCGCAGGACUUCCCCUACCAGCGCCGCGCCUCAGACGACUCCAAAACCGUCGAGUCCAGGACCAGCAGCACCAUCCGGGUGUACCUGCCCAACCAGCAGCGCACCGUGGUGAACGUGCGGUCUGGUAUGACCCUCCAAAGUUGCCUUAUCAAAGCGCUGAAGGUUCGAGGACUCCAGCCCGAGUGCUGCGCCGUCUACAAGCUACAUGCAGGACACCGCAGUAAAAAUUCUCGCAUGGACUGGGACACCGACUCGACGUCACUCAUCGGAGAGGAGCUCCUGGUGGAGGUUCUGGAUCAUGUUCCUCUGACCACACACAACUUUGUGAGGAAGACGUUUUUGAAGUUGGCGUACUGCGACAUGUGCCAGAAGUUCCUCCUGAACGGUUUCCGCUGUCAGACGUGUGGGUACAAGUUCCACGAGCACUGCAGCACCAAGGUUCCCACCAUGUGUGUGGACUGGAGUAACAUCAGGCAACUGCUAUUAUUCCCGCCUCCGGGUGAGAGCGGCGCUCCGUCUCUGCCUCCACUCACCUCCCGGAGGAUGAGGGAGUCGAUAAGCCGAAUGCCCAGCAGCCCUGCACACAGACACUCGACUCCUCAGGCGUUUAAUGACAGCACGACAUAUCCUCCUGCAGGGGGCGCUCUUUCACAGAGACAGCGCUCCACUUCCACGCCCAAUGUACACAUGGUCAGCACCGCCCUGCCUGUGGACAGCAGCCUGAUCGAGAUAGAUUGCCUGAACACUUCUCCUAGUUCCUGGUGCCGGAGAUUUUGUCUGAAGAGAAGAGAUGCGAUACGUCAUGGACACGGCCAUGGAUCAGGAGGAAGUUCCCCAAACCAGAGUCCGACUGGCUGGAACCAGUCCAAAACUCAGCCCCCUGCUCAGAAAGAGAGGCCGUCGUCCUUCAGCACUCAGGGGAAAAUCAAAAUCCGUUCGAGGGAUAAGAGAGACUCGAGUUAUUACUGGGAGAUCGAAGCCAGUGAGGUCGUGCUGCACUCCAGGAUCGGCUCCGGAUCCUUCGGAACUGUAUACAAGGGGAAAUGGCACGGUGACGUCGCCGUGAAGAUCUUGAAAGUCAUCGACCCCACGCCGGAGCAGUUCCAGGCCUUCCGUAACGAAGUCGCGGUUCUGCGGAAAACCCGGCACGUGAACAUCCUGCUGUUUAUGGGCUACAUGACGAAAGAUGACCUGGCCAUCGUGACGCAGUGGUGCGACGGCAGCAGUCUGUACAAACACCUCCACGUGCUGGAGACCAAGUACCAGAUGGUGCAGCUGAUCGACAUCGCCAGGCAGACGGCUCAGGGCAUGGACUACCUUCACGCAAAGAACAUCAUACACCGAGACAUGAAGUCCAACAACAUUUUCCUGCACGAAGGCCUGACAGUGAAGAUCGGGGAUUUCGGGUUGGCCACAGUGAAGGCGCGCUGGAGCGGAUCUCAUCAGGUCGAGCAUCCCUCAGGGUCCAUACUGUGGAUGGCUCCCGAGGUGAUCCGAAUGCAGGACAACAAUCCGUACAGCUUCCAAUCCGACGUUUAUUCCUACGGCAUCGUUAUGUUUGAACUGAUGACCGGAGAACUUCCGUAUUCUCACAUCGCUAACAGAGAUCAGAUUAUCUUCAUGGUCGGGCGAGGUUACCUGUCCCCGGAUCUCACUAAGCUGUAUAAGAGCUGUCCCAAAGCCAUGAAGCGUCUGGUCGCCGACUGCAUUAAAAAAUCCAAAGACGAGAGGCCGCUGUUCCCUCAGAUCCUGUCCUCCAUCGAACUCCUGCAGCACGCGCUCCCCAAAAUCAACCGCAGCGCCUCGGAGCCGUCGCUGCACAGAGCCGCUCACACAGAGGACAUCAACUCCUGCACUUUGACCUCCAUGAGGCUGCCCGUGUUCUAACUCGACAAUCAGGAGCUGAUGGAAACCACCAACGCGCCGCUUCCUCAGACGUCUGACUGAUGUUAGCGCAGCGUGACCCCCUCUCUCUGUCUGUCUCUUUCUUUUUCUCUCUCUCUCUGCCUCUGUCUCUCUCUCUCUCUCUCUCUCUCUCUCUCACUGCCUGUCUGUCUCUCUGUCUGUCAGAUGAAGGUGAAGAGAUCCAGGACUCGAGUGUUAGAGACAGUGUUGUGUUGUGUGAGGGUGAAGGUCGUCUUCAUGCACAAAAACAAAUCAGAUGAAAUGUGUGUCAUGUUUAUAAAGUUGUCGACGUGUUAUUGUUACAGCUCUAAGCAUUAAAGCGUUUCUGUUUACUGGCGAAUUCGACGUGCUGAAGCGAGUCGCCGAUCGUCCUGCUGUCCAGCUCACAGCGGCAGCGUCACGUUUCUAUUCCCUAAACUUCAGACGAGUUGUUUUAAAGCUUUGCUUUGCUGCAGGAGCGGAGGAUCCGCCCCCCUCGUCACAUCCUGAAGGACCGAUGUUUUCAUUUCAGAUCCGUACACACUUCCCUCACGUCACAGUGCCUUUCCCAUGUCGCGUGAGUUUUCCCUCACGUGAGUGUGUUAAACGUUCACGUGAGCAGCCUGUAAACAGUGUUCAGAGUUUUACUGUCGAUCAGAAGAGUUUUUAAAACGGUGUGAUUUUGAAUCAGAUGUGUAUUUGAAGGUUUUAUUGCAGACUCGAGUUCCAGCUGUUUAUCAAUAAUGAUUAUUUUAAUAAAAUGUAAAUUAAAGUUAAAAACAGAA